UCGGCAGUCGUUUUGAGUUUUGACCUGUUCCCGGGCUGCGAUAUGCCGUACGAUACGUCCUACCGAAGCCGGGCAACAGCAGCAUCCAGCCAGCCACGCUUCCAGUCUCUAGCGAUCGCAAGCGUAAACAUCUCAUAGUGUUUAGAACCGUACAGUGCGUGUGCCCCCCCCCCCCCCCCUUUGCCUAUUAAACCUUAAAUUUCCCAAUCCCAUUCUCUCUACUAAAUGCCCAAGGGUCACAUCGUAACGCAUUCAUGUUCGACUUCUGAUAUUUUCGACCUAGUAUGGGUUCAUCGGAACGUAACCUCGCCGUAAGUUGAGGAGCGUCUAUACUGAAAUGUCCAGGGGCUGUGCACUAAUCUCACCCAAAACAGCCGCGCAACAGAUCCAGGGACUGAUCACGGCCAGAUAUUGAUAGAUAAGCAACAACAGGAGACCAAACUGGCUCUCUGUCUACGGAAAGGACUGAUUUAAAGCAUGCGAACGCAAUUUUUUGGCCAUGUAAAUUAAGCUAUGAUUUAAUUAAUGGAUCAGUGGACAUAAUUGUUCAAAUAUACCAUUGUUGAUGUUCUGCAGUUUUUGGACAAGAUGUACCCUUUUAUAGAGAGAAAACAGAUGUGACCAGCUGAUGAAAUACACGUGGGUUAAGAAGGGCAUCAGGAAAGAUAGUCCGUCUUAAUUAGCCUCACCUACAGCUGAAUUGGACGCGGGGUUAUUUUGGAAUUAAACGCAGACAGGAGUAAAUGCGGUUCGGUACAGUCUGGGCUGUUGGUAAUACGUUUCGAUUAUCCUGGGGAAAAAUGAGGCUAUAAGAAGAGGUGGCUGCGCUGCAGUCCCGCUGACGACAGCUGCACCCCUAGUGGAGCAGGGAAAGCAGGAGAUGCUGGAUGCGGAGCGCAGCGAUCAGAGGACCAGCGGGCGGACCAGGCUACGGACCGGCCUUCGGACCGCCUCUCGCCUUAACGCCGAUGUAGCCGGACGGAUGCGGCCGGGGACAGGAUGCUGUGGUGGCGUGGUUUCGCCUCCUCCCGGUCGUGCGUGGUCGAUCUGGGCCACAAUCGGAGUUUCUCGCUCGGGCUUUGCGGCUCCGAUGAUCGCUACUCGCUGUACGGGUACGUCGUGGCCUUCCAUCUGCAGGACGACGGCGGGGUUAUGUCUGGGCUGGGGUCCGACACCUGGUGGAAGAGGACGCUCUACCUGACCGGGGGAGCCCUAGUGGCAGCCGCUGUCUACAUCCUACACGAGCUGCUGGUCGCCAGGAAGGAGCAGGAGAUGGACUCCACAGAUACCCUCAUCCUGCACCAGUUUGGCAGGCCUUCGGGCUGCAUUCCCAGCCUGUCGCCGUUCUGCCUGAGGCUGGAGACCUACCUGCGAAUGGGCGGCGUGCCUUACCAGAAUUACUUCGACGGGAAGCUCUCUCCGCAAGGCAAAAUGCCGUGGAUCGAGUACAACCAGGAGGAGGUGUCCGGCUUGGAGUUCAUCAUGGACUUCUUGGUGGAGAAGCUGGACGUAGACUUGAAUAAGAAUCUGAACCAUGAGGAGAGGGCCGUGUCCCACGCCGUCACCCGGAUGGUGGAGGAACACUUCUACUGGACCAUGGCCUACUGUCAGUGGGUGGAGAACCUAGAGACGACCCGGAAGAUGCUGGCCGUGAGCGGGCCGCUGAGCCCCAUCCUGAAGUGGAUCCUGAGUCAGGUGAACCGCGGCAUCGUGAAGCGAGAGAUGUACGGCCACGGGAUCGGCCGCUUCUCCAGGGAGGAAGUGUACACCCUGAUGGAGAAGGACAUGCGUGCGCUAGCCACCUUGUUAGGUGAUAAGAAAUACUUCAUGGGGCCAAAGCUGUCAUCAGUGGACGCCACAGUCUUCGGACACCUGGCCCAGGCUAUGUGGGCGCUGCCGGGCACCCGGCCGGAACAGCUUCUCAAAGGUGAGCUGAUAAACCUGGCCAUGUUCUGUGAGAGGAUACGGCGCAAGUUCUGGCCCGAGUGGUUCGUGGACUGCUAUGACUUCCAGUAUGACGGCUCCAGUGAGUCCAGCGAGGACGGCGGCUCCCCAUCUCGGCUGCCGGCCCCCCGGACGGACUCCUUCGAGGAGGAGAUCACUGGGAGCAGCCUGGCCUCCUCCUGCCUGACUGACAUGGAGGCCACCACAGACGAGUCACUCUUUAACUCCGACAUGGAGACGGAGGAGUCUGACCAGGAGCUGUUUAAGUGCUAGUCCAGUCACCGGGGUGCGGGGCACGUUGCCCAGUGGAAACACCUGAAGAGGCCUCUGAGAUUCCACAAAUCAGGAGGAUUACCUCUGCAGCUGGGAGUCCUGCCAGUAUCAGGGUCAGAAGCUGACAAGGGUAUUUCAGGGGAUACCCUACAGAGGGCUCUCUGAGCAGAGUGUGACUCACAUUCAGUGUAAUGCAGUACAGUAGUUCUCAGAGCAUGGGCCGUGAGCUCCCUCUAGUGGUAUCUCCAUUUUAACGCCGAUCAUAACGUUGGUACGCAGAGAGCUUGGUAUUUGCUCAGGUGGUGCGUGAGGCAAGAAGGUUGCUAGGCACUGGUAUGAUGGAAAAUAAAUGAUUAUAAAUAAAUAGUGGUUAUGGUGAAA